UAAACUUCGAAACUGUAAAUACAACCUAUUCGGACCUUUUUUGAAUCAGUUGGAAAAUCACUUCUCGGCUCGUCCUACCUCUACUUUUUCACAUCAUUCAAAAAUGUCAUCAUCCGAAAUCGAUUUGUAUGCAGAGUUACAGGAGUUCGAUUUGGAGGAAAUUGGGCAAGAACCGCCGCUAUCUUUUGCUCCAGGUCCCAUGAGUCCCAAUCAAAAUCUAGAGACAAGUCUAUCGGAUUUGGUUUCGCCAUCGGUGUCGAUCACCUCGGUGGAUGGCAGCCAAGUGUCAGGAUCCGGACAAUCCUACAUUGAUCCCGAAACCAGACUCUUUGGUCUACGAUCGGUGCGGGGUACAACCAAUUUGAUACCCCCUGGCUCAGUUACGUCCACACCAUCACCAUUACCAGCAUGGCAAGUGGUCCGCAGACGAUUGAGCUCUAACCCCAGUACUCUAUCUAUUCCGGAAGAGAGCAGCCGUACUUAUGGCCAACUCCAGGAUAACAGCAUCACGCUUCUCGAAGCUUUGGGUAAUCGUCGCUCCAUUAGGGAGGCCCGCGAAAUGAAUCGACGGAUCUCGGAAUUUAUGCAGGAUGUUCACAGCUAUGGGCCAACGGAUGAAUCCUUUCGAAUACGCCGCCGUCGCGCUCGGGCAGCAGCCAUAGCUCGAGCUCAUGCUCGAACUCAUGCUCGCAGGAUGAGAGCUGGAUCCUUAAACGUACGUUCCAUAGCUCAACCUAGGGAUUCUGAGGGAUUGUCGCUGAGUUUGCCCGCCCAAGUUCUGCGGCGGGGCAAUAGUGUUAGUGAUUGCAGCCAGUGCAGCAGUGAUGAGGAACAGAACCAGAUCGGGGGCAAGAAUAGAAAGCCAACUGUUCCAAGUCAUCUGACCGACUGGUUGUAUCCCAUUUAGGCUGUUAAACUAGUUAUAUGUAUUAAAUUAAGAGUCCUUGUUCUGUUGGACUCAAAAAAAAAGUACAGUUUGUUUUCGAUAAAAGUAUACCUGUUUGAAGAUAGAGCUUCAUCGACCAAGUUAUAAACAAAAUUCUCGUUAAAAUAAUUACCCUUUUGACUCCUAUCCCCAAAAUUAUAAAAAUUAAUUAAUCAAAUAUACCUAAAGUUACGUAAUUGAAA